AUGGCUUAUGUUCAUCACUUCCCUUUGAUUCUAUGCCCCUUUUCACCAAAGUUCUUUGUGCUACCAUCUGAAGGGUCAAUUUAUGAGGCAUAUUUAUCAGCUGAUCAAGAGAAUUCAGUACAAAGGCCUUAUGUACUUGAAACAAUAACUGUUGCUUUAUUCAUCAUAAGGAACUUAGGAUUGGCUCUUCGACGUUUUCCUCAGAUAUCUUUGGAUGUUGUUGGGUUAGUUGAUGAAUGGGCUGCAUGUUUCUUUAAGGAGCUUGACUAUAUUAAUGAGGGUGAAAAUGAAACAUAUUUUGCAGAGAUGAUGAAAAAAGACCUUCCGCACUUCUCGAGUUCCAUAUUUUUAUCCAAUUUAUCUUCUGAUUCUGCUGAUCUGGUGAGAGAGAAGAGACGAAUCCAGAUAUGCACAAAAAUACUAAGAGGUUUUAAUUGUGGGGAAGCUGCUAAUUUCGAAACCUCUAAGUGGAUUUCAGUAGCUAAAGAGGCUGUAGUGAGCAGAGCUGCCAUAAACUUUCUUCCUAUGCUUUCACAUCAAGAGCUGCUUUACCCGCUGACCAUGUCAUUUAUUCCAAGGUGGUUGGAAUUGGACCUAAAGUUGGUUGUUGAUAUAGGAAUAGUAGGUGCUCCAAAUGUAGGAAAAAGAAUGUUUUUAAGUGUUAUUAGUGUUGACAUGUAG